UUUACUAAAAACAUAACAACGCUUACACCCUCACAUAAGACAAAAUUAUUUUUAUCAUUUUAACAUUAAAGUAUUAUUCACAUUACAAUAUAACAUCAGAAUUAAUGAAGGUGGUAAACUUUUUAAAAUGAUUAAUGAAAGAGCAAACAAUGAAACUAAGAAACCUGUUGUUGUUGGAAAACACUUACUUGAACUAUCAACAAAGAAGUUGGAUUAUCCACCAUUGUUUAGUCAACAUACAUGGACAAAAUCUGUACCCUAUUGUCAUAGAAUUAUCGAUGUAAAGCCUUCAAUGUCAAUAGGGCGAAAUUACAGAUUAGAACUUGAAAAAUAUUUGCAUAAAAAUACCAGGGAGUCAUAUAAGACAUUAAAUAAAAGAAACUUUAAUGAUCAAGGUCAUUUUAUUAAAUCUCUAACAGUUAAACAUAAAAAUAAUGUAUCAAGAAACAAAAAAAUUGAAAAAUUACAUAAACCCGGGAUCGUUCCACUAGAGGAAUUACUAUCUGGAAAAUAUUAUAAUGAAAAGUCAAAUGUUCUUGAAAAUAAAAAAAUCUUAAAGAAAAAUUAUUAUACGCCAUUAAAUUAUACGACUUAUUUGCAAACCUGCAGAGCAUUAUAUCCAGAAGAACAGCUAGAAAUUUUAAAAGAAGAAUGGAACAAAGAAAACAAAAAUUUAACUUUAAUCGAUAAAGAUAAAAUAACCAUCGAUUAUUAUUUGAAUGAAGGUAUUGCGACUGAUGCAUAUGAACCAUUUUCAGAAAAGGUAUUAGAAACAAUCAAACAGAAAUAUAUUCAGCCAUACUUCAUAAAAGCGCAUAAUUUUAUUGUGUCCAAUUUGGAUUCUGAAAUCAUACUUUAUUAUAAUAAGGUUUGCCGAAAAAUAAUUUUGGAUUACAUAUUGAUGGAUCCUAACGAGCUGAAAAGAUUAAAUAUACAAAAUUAUUAUCUACCGGAAUAUCCAACAAUGCUUAUUAGAGGUCCAGUACCGUGGCACCACAUGAUUUAUAUUCGAAAAGAACAGCUGAGACAUAAUUUAUAUAUUUUUAAAAAUCCUAUACUUCUACUAGAUAAAGUAUGGGAAAAGUACUCAAAUAAAUAUAUUUUUCCCAUUAAUGACUUUAAAAAAAUCGGCUUGCCUAUCAAUCCAGAAAAAUUACAACAAUAUUUAAUUGAAUCAUGUGAACAAUUUAGAGUUACACUUAUUAAUGAAUGGUUAGUAGAAUGCGCCGACAUUUUUGUAUUAACUAGAGAUAGUUAUCUAAGCGCGUUACCUACAAGUGGUAUAGAAACCUCAAAAUAUCAAAUAGUCAAAUUUUUUAAUUGUGUGGCAGCAUCUAUGUCGAGAAAACUAAGACGAAUAGUUUUUAAAUCAUUAAGACAUUUUAUGAACUAUUUACUUAGUUAUAAAGAGGGUAAUUUUUUUGAUACUGAAUACAAGGAUGAAAUGUUCAUUAAUUGGCCUUUUUUUAUUGUAAAAGCAGUGCCUAUUUUUAGUUCAACAAAAAUAACAUAUUCACCAAAUUUUGAAAAAUGCUUAGAUAUAAUUCUAUCAAUUCCACGUCAAAUAAUUAAAACUACAGAAGACAUUCCAAGAAUUGAGCAGUUACUAAUGAAAGAAUUCAAGGGUGAUUCAACGAUGGUUUUAAAAAAUGUUUAUGAGUAUGAAGAAGAAGUUCAAGGAAUAAUGAUUGAAAUAAAAACAAUUUUAGAAAAAAAUAUACCAGGAUUAGAAAUAUAUACUACCUAUUACACAUCUUAUUCAUAUUUGUUAGACGGAACAGAAACAAAAGCACUUGAUGCUUUCUUUUCAACUGAUCCUUUUCCUCUAUUAAAUGAUUUCAAUGAAUGGGUCAUAAAAUAUAAUUCUAUAAACGAUAGCAUUUGCAACAUGAGAGAUAAUGUGGAAUUGAAUUUGAUGUCAUUAGAUGUAUCUGAAAUAAAUAGUAAUUUAAAAAAUAUCGUUAAUUCUUUAAAAAAUAAAAUUCUUGAUUACUAUAUAAACAUUACUCAAGACACUAUCAUAAAUAUUGAUAAUACGUUUGAAAAAAUGGCAGCUAGAGCUUCAGAAAUGCCAGACACGACUAAUGAUUUAGUCGACUUGAAUAAUUACGUGAAUAAAUGUCGAGAUUCUACUUUAUUUAAAAUAAAAGCACAACUGCAAACUGUGGGAGAAUACAUGAUGUUUCUUUUUGAGUACACAGAGUUUUCAGAUGAUUUUAUAAAUAAGUCAUCACGAGUGUUUCGUUGGCCUCAAGAAAUUGAUCAAUUUUUAGACUUAGCAACAAGUAGAGUAAUACAAAAAAAAGGAGUUGUUGAAGGUCAAUUAAAAACGAAAAAAACUGAAUUUGAAUUAGAUCUCAAAAAUCAUUUAAAACUACUGGAUAACAUCAAAAGAAAAGAUCCACCAAUUUUAUCAAAUGAUGAAAUAUUAAAUGCAUUUGAUGAAGUAAAACAACUCACAAAUUACUUGAAUGAAGAUUUAACUAUAGCAAAGAGUAUUAAUAACACAGAACAAUUGCUUGAUUUUGAAAUUACAUCUUAUACUCAACUUCACUCUAUGGUGUCAGCCACUGAACCAUUUGAUCGCUUGUGGGAUAUUGUUCGUGAUUUUCAUUAUAACUAUGAAAAAUGGUUAAAUGGGCCCUUUUAUCAACUUAAUGCAAUAGAAAUAAAAGAUACUGUUGAUAAUAUGUGGAAAAAUCUUUAUAAAUUAGCAAGAACUUUACAAGAUUAUCCCGGAUCAAAAAGGGUAGCUGAAAUAGUAAGAGGAAAAGUUGAAAAUUUCAAAAAAUACAUACCUGUGUUAGAAACUGUUUGCAACCCAGGAAUACACGAGCGUCAUUGGAAAGAAAUAAGUAAAAGUGUUGGUAUGGAUUUACAUCCGAAUGAAUCAUCCACACUCGCAGAAAUGAUUGAGAUAGGUUUGACAAACCACAUUGAACGUUUAGAAGAAAUUAACACUACCGCAUCUAGAGAAUUCACAUUGGAACAUAAUUUACGAAAAAUGAAAGAAGAAUGGUUGAAUAUUGAAUUUGAAUGUACACCAUACCGAGAUAGUGGCGUUUGUAUUUUAACGUCACUAGAUGAUAUUCAAGUUAUGCUGGAUGAUCAUAUACUGAAAGCACAAACAAUGCAUGGGUCAGCUUAUAUAAAACCAUUUGAGGCAGAUAUGGAUGAUUGGGAAAAAAAGUUAGUUUUAAUGCAAGAAAUCUUAGAUCUUUGGAUUGGGGUUCAACGAAUUUGGAUGUAUUUAGGACCAAUAUUUAGUUCAGAAGAUAUAAAUCGUCAAAUGCCUGAAGAAGCGCGUAAUUUUAGAGUAGUUGAUGCAAUAUGGCGUCAAAUAAUGAUAAAUACGGCUAAUAAACGAAAAGUUUUAGAAGCUACAGCAUAUUCAAAUAUGUUACAGUCACUUCAAAACUGUAGUGUUAUGUUUGAACAGAUACAAAAAGGAUUAAACGAAUACUUAGAAAAAAAACGAUUAUUUUUCCCUAGAUUUUUCUUUUUAUCCAAUGACGAGUUGCUUGAAAUAUUAUCAGAAACUAAAGAUCCUUUAAGAGUGCAACCACACCUUUCAAAAUGUUUCGAAGGUAUAGCGAAAUUGAACUUUUCUAAGAAUGUUGAAAUUGUUGGUAUGAUAUCAGAAGAUGGCGAGAUUGUUGGCUUUAAUGGAAUAAUUUAUCCAGCAGAUGCUAAAGGUCUAGUUGAAAAAUGGUUAAUUCAAGUUGAAACUUUUAUGAUACAAUCGAUUAGUGAGAUAAUAAGUAAUGCAACUAGAGAAUAUCAAUUUUCACAACGUGAUAAAUGGGUUCUUAUGUGGCCUGGAAUGGUUGUAUUAUGUGCUGCUACUAUAAAUUGGACAGCUGAAGUUGAAAAUGCUAUUAGUCGAAAAACAUUAGCUGUUUAUUUUGACCAAAGUAAUCAACAAAUUGAAGAUAUGGUCAGAUUAGUACGUGGGAAUCUUAGUAAAGGAGAAAGGCAAACUGUAUGCGCAUUAAUUGUUAUUGAUGUUCACGCUAGAGAUGUAUUGAAAAAUUUAAUUAGCUUCAAUGUAAAUAAUAUACAUGAUUUUAAUUGGAUAAGUCAAUUACGUUACUAUAAUAAAGACUUCAAGACAACUGUAUCAAUGAUUAGUACUACACUUGAUUAUGGUUGUGAAUAUUUAGGGAAUUCGCCAAGACUUGUUAUAACACCAUUAACUGAUCGAUGUUAUAGAACAUUAAUGGGCGCAUUAAAAUUAAACCUUGGAGGAGCUCCCGAAGGUCCGGCUGGUACAGGAAAAACGGAAACUACCAAAGAUUUGGCCAAAGCUAUUGCUAAACAAUGCAUUGUUUUUAAUUGUUCAGAAGGUCUUGAUUUUCAGUCGAUGGGAAAAUUUUUUAUGGGUUUAGCCCAGUCUGGAGCUUGGGCAUGCUUUGAUGAAUUUAAUCGAAUUGAACUUGAAGUAUUAUCAGUUAUUGCACAACAAGUUCUGACAAUCCAAAUGGCAGUAAGAGCAAGAGCUGAAAAAUUUAUUUUUGAAGGCAUUGAGUUAACAUUAAAUACUACUUGUUCUAUUUUUAUAACAAUGAAUCCCGGAUAUGCAGGACGGCAAGAGCUUCCUGAUAAUUUAAAAGUUCUGUUUCGUACUGUUGCCAUGAUGGUUCCCGACUAUUGUAUGAUAGGUGAAAUUAAAUUGUACUCAAUGGGUUUUAGUGAUGCGCGAAGUUUGGCGGAAAAGAUAGUGGAUACUUAUAAGUUAUGUUCAGAACAACUGUCAUCUCAAUCACAUUAUGAUUAUGGUAUGAGAGCUGUUAUAUCAGUAUUAACAGCUAUUUCAAAUCUGAAACUUAAAUAUCCAGAUAAAAAUGAAGCGCAAAUAGUUUUGAGGGCUAUUUAUGAUGUCAACAUGCCCAAAUUUUUAUUAGAAGAUAUCCCCUUGUUUAUUGGUAUUUACAGUGAUUUGUUUCCCGGGAUUCAAUUAUUAGUACCCGAAAGAGAAGAACUUAUCGAAAGAAUUAAAAUAAAUAUAGAAAAAAAACAUUUGCAGUGCACAGAAUGGUAUUUAGAUAAAAUUAUUCAAGUAUACGAAAUGGUAUUAGUAAGACAUGGAAUGAUGAUCGUUGGUGAACCACUUUCAGGAAAAACAUGUUCAUACCAGAUUUUAGCUGAAUCACUAGGAGAUUUACAAUUGAAUCGGAAAUUUAAAAUGAAAGAAUUUAAAACUUUGUAUAAAAUUAUCAACCCUAAGGCAAUAACAAUGGGUCAAUUAUAUGGACAAUUUGAUUUAUUAUCACACGAAUGGCAUGAUGGUAUUUUGGCAAUUGUAUUCCGAGAAUUUGCUAAAACAGCUACACAUGAUAGAAAAUGGAUAAUAUUUGAUGGACCUGUAGAUGCAGUUUGGAUAGAAAAUAUGAACACUGUUUUAGACGAUAAUAAAAAGCUUUGUUUGAUGUCUGGAGAAAUAAUACAAAUGAGCAGUAAAAUGACAAUGACAUUUGAACUUGCUAAUUUGGAACAAGCUUCUCCAGCUACUGUAUCUCGUUGUGGAAUGAUUUAUUUUGAACCAAAAUCAUUAGGUUGGCUUGCCUUUUGGGAUUCAUAUAAACAACUACUUUCUUCAAAAUUGUUACCUGAUCAACAAAUCAUGCUAGAUGAAAUGAUAAAAUGGAUUGUUCCGGCAGUUUUUGAAUUUAUUUAUAGAAAUUGCAACCUAUUCUUAUUUACUUCUGAAAAUCAUAUGUUUAAUUCCUUCACAAGAUUAUUAAAUUCACUAAUAAAAGAAGAAGCUGGAGUUGGUGUUGCUUCUACAUGGUUGAUGUGUACGACAAUAUUCUGUAUUAUUUGGAGCAUAGGUGCUACAAUUAAAAAUGAUAGUCAAAAGAAAUUUGACCUUUUUUUUCGAAAAUUAACUCUGGGAAAUGUAGAACAAUAUCAAAAACCAGCAUCAUAUAAGCUUACGAAGAAUCAUCUCUUUCCUGAUAAUGGCAUAGUAUAUGACUAUAUAUAUGAUAAAAAAAAUAACGGUACUUGGAUACUGUGGUCUGAAAAAUUAGACAUGAAAAGAAUCCCAGCAGAUGUGAAAAUAAAUGAACUUAUUAUUGGAACGGAUGAAACAGUAAAGCAACAGUAUUUUCUUAACAUAUUAUUGAAAUACGAAAUUCCUCUACUUUUUGUUGGACCAACUGGAACAGGAAAAUCAGCUAUAGUCUUAGACUAUUUAAUAAAUUUAUCAAGAGAAAAAUUUUUAGUUAAUGUACUUAAUUUUUCUGCACGUACCAUGGCUAACACCGUACAAAACAUUAUAAUUUCAAAAUUAGACAAGCGAAGAAGAGGAAUAUUCGGACCAGCAAUGGGAAAAAAAUGUAUGUUAUUUGUAGAUGAUUUAAGUAUGCCAAUACUUGAAAAAUAUGGUGCUCAACCUCCAAUAGAAUUACUAAGACAAUGGAUGGACCAUUCGCACUGGUAUGAUCUUCAAUCUAUGUCAAGAAUCGAUAUUCUAGAUAUGAUUUUUAUUGGUGCUUUACAACCUCCUGGUGGAGGUUCUAAUGACAUAACUACACGAUUUACCAGACAUUUAAAUGUUAUUGGAAUAAAUUCAUUUAGUCAAGAAACUAUGUCAAAAAUAUUCACUCAAAUUAUUGAAUGGCAUGUUAACAAAGGAUUUUCUGAAGCUAUAGUAUUACAGGGAAAGAACACAGUUGAAGCCACAUUAUAUGUAUAUAACGAAGCUAUAUCUACAUUUUUACCUACGCCGGCAAAAUCGCAUUAUACUUUUAACUUGCGAGAUUUCGCAAGGGUUAUUAAAGGAAUGUUACUAUUACCCGCAUCUAGAUGUAAAACUCUAGAAAAAUUUUUCCGUUUGUGGGUUCACGAAACGUGGCGAGUAUUUGGAGAUCGACUAGUUCAUGAUGAUGAUCGUUUGAUGUUAUUUGAUGUUUUAAAAAAUGCUUCAUAUAGUUAUUUAAGACAAUCAAUAGACUCAUAUCUUAAUGACUUAAUACCAGCAGAAGACGAUUUUCUGAAUUCUGAACAUUUACGAAAUCUAUUUUUUGGCAAUUAUAUGGACCCAGAUAGUGACAAAAAGAUUUAUGAUGAAAUUCCUAAUGAAAAACUUUUGUUACAACGUAUGGAAUAUUAUUUAAAUGAGUACAAUACAAUUUCUAAGAGCCCAAUGACAUUAGUUAUGUUUAAAUUUGCUGUCGAACACAUAUCUCGAGUUAGUAGAGUGUUGCAGCAAGAUAAUGGCCAUUUAUUAUUAGUUGGCGUUGGUGGUGAUGGUAGACAAUCAACUACGAAACUAGCAACUUUUAUGGCUGAUUACAGUAUAUUUCAAAUAGAAAUAAUAAAAAGUUAUGGUAAAAAUGAAUGGAAUGAUGAUAUGAAAAAACUUUUAAGAGAUGCAGGAUGCAAAGGAAGACCAAUAACAUUUUUAUUACCUGAUAAUCAAAUUGCCGAUGAAAGCUUCAUUGAAGAUAUUAAUAUGCUAUUAAAUACUGGUGACAUUCCAAAUCUUUAUCAAUCGGAUGAACGAGCUGAUAUAUUAGAUAAAAUAUCAAUUAUUGCUCAACAGCUGGGGAAAAAAAUUGAAACUACUCCUUUAGCACUUUAUAAUGUUUUUAGUGAAAGAGUUAGAUCAAAUCUUCAUAUUUCUUUAAUUAUGUCACCUAUUGGUGAUAAAUUUAGAAAUCGAUUAAGGAUGUUUCCGUCUCUUAUCAACUGUUGUACAAUUGAUUGGUUUACAGAAUGGCCAGAAGAUGCUCUAGAAAAAGUUGCUCAAUAUUUUAUACAAACUAUGAAUGUGCCUGUAACCGUUGCUGCAUCAUGCGUUUCGAUUUGUAAAUAUUUUCAUAUAACAGUUACAGAGGCUUCAAUAAAUUUAUAUAACAAUUUAAAAAGACACAAUUAUGUUACUUCAACAUCAUACUUAGAAUUAAUAAGAACGUUUCAAAAUUUAUAUAAAAAGAAAGUAGACGAAAUUACUACUUACAAAAAAAGAUACGAAACUGGGUUAGAAAAAUUAAACUUUGCAGCUGAGCAAGUAUCAGUUAUGCAAGACCAAUUAACUGCAUUAAAACCCAAAUUAGUUGAAACAUCAAUAGCAACUGAAGCGCUUAUGGUCAAAAUUGAGCAAGAUACUGUGAAAGUUGAAUCAAAAAAAGAGGUUAUUUUGUGGUUUUAUUUAUUUUACUACCCCUUUUCUUACUCGUGUACUAUUUUAGUCAUUAAAGUAAAAUAUUUUUUUAUCCUGAAUUUUAAGAUUGUAGGCGCAGAUGAAGCUCUUGCAAAUGAAGCCGCUGCUGCUUCGCAAGCCAUAAAAGAUGAUUGUGAAAGUGAUUUAGCUGAGGCAAUACCAGCCCUUGAACAAGCAAUUUCAGCUUUAGAUACCCUUAAACCUGCUGACAUUACUGUAGUAAAAUCAAUGAAAAACCCACCAUCUGGAGUCAAAUUAGUUCUAGAAGCUGUCUGUGUAAUGAUAGGGAUAAAGUCUGAACGAAAGCCAGACCCUAGUGGAUCAGGAAAUAUGAUAGAAGAUUAUUGGGGACCUUCUCAAAAACUUAUUUCAGAUCCAAAAUUCCUAGAAAAUUUGAAAAGUUAUAAGAAAGAUGAAAUCAAUCCAUUAAUAAUGAAAAAAAUUCGUGAAAAAUACAUUGCAAAUAAAGAUUUUGAUCCAAAUAAAAUUAAAUCUGUUUCAAAUGCAUGUGAAGGAUUAUGUAAAUGGAUACGAGCAUUAGACACAUAUGAUAAAGUUAUAAAGGUUGUUGGACCGAAAAAACAAAAACUUCUUCAAGCAGAAACAGAUUAUACCAUUCAAAUGGAAAAACUUAAUGAAAAGAGAGCAGAAUUGUCAAGUGUUUUAGGAAAACUUCAGAUACUUCGUGAUGAACUUGCUGAAAAGACCAAGGAAAAAAAGGAAUUAGAAAACAAUAUAGAUCUUUGUUCCCAAAAGCUCAUAAGAGCAGAACAGCUCAUUAACGGUUUAAGUGGAGAAAAAAGUCGCUGGAACCAAACUGCUUUAGAAUUACAAUUUACAUUAGAUAACGCUAUUGGUGAUGUUUUAAUAUCUUCUGGAGUAGUUGCUUAUCUUGGAGCGUUUCCUGUAGACUAUAGAAUUGCAGUAAUUCAGAGUUGGAAUCAUACAUGUUUAAAUGAAAAAAUUCCAUGUUCCAACCCUUUUUCAUUUAUCCAAACGUUGGGAGAACCUGUGCAUAUACGAUCUUGGAAAAUUUUUGGUUUACCAGGUGAUAAUUUUUCAAUUGAAAAUGGAAUUAUUUUAUACAGUGCUACACGAUGGCCUUUAAUGAUUGAUCCACAAGGCCAAGCAAACAAUUGGAUUAAAAAUAUGGAAAAGGAUAACAACUUGACAGUGAUUAAAUUAUCUAGUACAAAUUAUAUGACUGCCUUACAAAUAGCUAUUGAACAUGGUUUACCAAUUUUAUUAGAAAAUAUUCUUGAACAAAUUGAUGCUACAUUUGAUCCAGUGCUUUUACAAAACAUUUUUGUACAAGGUAAUAUAGAAUAUUUAAAGCUUGGUGAAAAUCUACUGCAGUAUAACCGUUCAUUUAGAUUUUAUAUGACUACUAGAUUACGAAAUCCGCAUUACUUACCGGAAAUUUCUGUUAAAGUUACAUUAUUAAAUUUUAUGAUAACUCAACAAGGACUCCAAGAUCAAUUACUUGGAAUUGUUGUGGCUAAAGAAAGACCUCAACUAGAAGAAAAGAAAAAUGAGUUAAUAGUACAAAAUGCUCAAAAUAAAAAAUUGCUAAAAGAAAUUGAAAAUAAAAUACUUUUUGUUCUAUCAUCAUCAGAAGGCAAUAUCUUAGAAGAUGAGUCUGCUAUAAAAAUACUGUCUUCAUCAAAAACAUUAUCAGCAGACAUUCAAGUAAAACAAAAGGCUGCAAUUAUAACUGAGCAAGAAAUUGAUCUUGCUCGUAAUGUAUACAUACCAGUAUCUCAACACUCUGCAAUAUUAUUCUUUUGUAUUUCGGAAUUGUCUAAUAUUGAUCCAAUGUAUCAAUACUCACUGGCAUGGUUUAUAAAUUUAUAUAACCAGUCAAUUGUUAAAAGCCAAAAAUCAGAUUCUAUUAAACAAAGAAUAGAAUUUUUAAACGAGUAUUUUACUUAUAAUAUAUAUAAAAAUAUUUGUCAAUCAUUGUUUGAGAAGGAUAAACUGAUAUUUUCAUUUGUUUUAACUAUUGGAAUUACUAAAUCAAAAGCAAAAAGUAAUGAACUGGUGACUUUUUUUUUGACUGGUGGAAUAGGACUCAAAAAUCCUCAUCCAAAUCCAGCUCCUGAAUGGUUAACUGACAAAUCAUGGGCUGAAGUCGUUAGAGCAUCUCAAUUACCAGGGUUAAAUAAUUUAUUUGAGUCUAUAAAACUAUCAUCAGAAGAAUGGAAACAGUGGUAUGAUUUAGUUAAUCCACAAGAAUCAAUCAUACCAUAUCCAUAUCAAAAUGUAGAAAAUUUUGAAAAACUUGUGAUUGUUAAAUGCUUAAGACCAGACAAAGUAGUUCCUGCUGUUCAGCAUUAUAUAGCAAUUAAUUUGGGACAAAAGUAUAUUGAGCCACCACCAUUUGAUUUGGCAGACUCGUUUAAAGAUUCUAACUGCUGUACACCUUUAAUAUUUGUGCUAUCGGCAGGUGCCGAUCCGAUGUCUGGUUUAAUAAAAUUUGCAGAAGAUAAUGGACUAAGUCGUACAGAUUUAAUGACAAUAUCACUUGGCCAAGGACAAGGUCCUAUAGCUAAAAAUAUGAUAAAAAUUGGAAUAGAUACAGGACAAUGGGUUGUACUACAAAAUUGUCAUUUAGCUAUAAGUUGGAUGAAAGAACUAGAUCGAAUUUGUGACGAAGAAAUUACACCAAAUAAAACACAUGAUUUUUUUCGUCUUUGGUUAACUAGUUAUCCCUCUAAUGAUUUUCCAGUUGCAAUAUUGCAGAACGGAAUAAAAAUGAUUAAUGAAGCACCAAAAGGUCUCAAGUCGAAUCUUUUACGUUCGUAUAUAUCAGAUCCAAUAAAUGAUCCUGAUUUUUAUGCUGGGUGUAAAAACAUUUUUAAUUGGAGAAUGUUGCUUUUUUCUGUUUGUUUUUUUCAUAGUGUUGUACAAGAACGUAGAAAUUUUGGACCACUAGGUUGGAACAUUCCUUAUGAGUUCAACGAGUCUGAUUUACGUAUUAGUGUUAUGCAAUUACAAAUGUUUUUGAACGAUUACGAAGAAAUUCCAUUUUCUGCACUUCUUUAUUUGACGGGUGAAUGCAAUUAUGGUGGUCGAGUUACUGACGAUAAAGAUAGGCGCUUAUUAAAUUCAUUGCUAUCAAUUUUUUAUAAUUCAAAAGUAGUUACUGAUGAAUCAUACACAUUUUCACAUAGUGGAAUUUAUCACAUACCUACAGAUACUACUUACGAAGGUUGUUUAAACUAUAUAAAGUCUUUGCCUUUAAACUCUCAACCGGAAAUUUUUGGACUGCAUGAAAAUGCUAAUAUAAUAAAAAACAAUAAUGAAACAAAUAUGCUAUUAAACGGAACUAUUUUAACACAAUCUCAAAUAAGAGCAAGGAGCAGUGACACUAAUAGAGACAAAGAAAUUAUAGAAUUAGCCAGUUCUAUUGCACAAAGUUUACCUAAUUUGUUUGAUGUAGCUGCAGCUGUAAAGAAAUAUCCAACAAAAUAUGAACAGUCAAUGAACACAGUUAUUCGCCAAGAAUUAAUAAGAUUUAAUAAACUUCUAACCAUCAUAAAAAAAUCAUUGAUUGAAAUUCAAAGAGCAAUAAAAGGAAUUGUUGUUAUGUCUGUUGAUUUGGAAGAACUUAAUACAAGUUUAAUCAUUGGGCGAGUUCCAGCAAGUUGGCUGGUUAAAUCAUACCCAUCAUUAAAACCAUUAGGAGGUUAUAUAAUUGAUUUAUUAAAUAGAUUGAGUUUUUUUCAAAAUUGGCUUGACAAUGGAAUUCCAAAAGUUUUUUGGCUUUCGGGAUUUUAUUUUACACAAUCAUUUUUAUCCGGUGUACUCCAAAACUUUUCUCGUAGAGAAAAAAUACCGAUUGACCAACUUGGAUUUGAGUUUGAAGUUACAUUAUAUGAGUCCGAAAUCAAUGUUGAGAAUGAGCCGAGCUGGGGAACGUAUUGCCAAAAAAAAAAUAAUGAAGAGGACAGAGGAGUUUUUGUAAAGGGUUUAUUUUUAGAAGGAGCUAGAUGGGAUCGUGAAUUAGGUAUGCUUAAUGAAAGUUUCCCCAACAUUCUUUAUGAUGUUGUACCAAUAAUAUGGUUUAAGCCAGGUAUAAAGUUGAAUUUUAUUAAAAAAUACUCUUAUGAUGCACCUAUUUAUAAAACAAGUGCUCGGCGAGGCGUGCUCUCAACUACAGGACACUCAACAAAUUUUGUUAUGUAUAUUGAUUUUAAAACCGACAAACAUGAAAAUCAUUGGAUUAACCGAGGAACCGCUUGCCUAUGUCAACUGGAUGAUUAAAAUAGGAUUUUAAGCUUUUUUAGCAAAAAAUAAUUUAAGUUAUAUUUUGUGUUAUAUUAUAAAAAAAUAAUGUUAAAUAUGAUUUGCAUAAAUAAAUAUAUAUAAAUUUGUAAAUUUAACAAAAAUAAUAACUUCAAUUCUCGUCUAUUACUUAAAAAAUUAAGGAAAAAAUAAUGUAAAUAAAUAUUUGUGCUUACUAA